AUGGUUGAUACCGGCUACUGGCGAAAGAAAACACCGAAGAAAGAAAAAAAUGGCGAAGUACAGGAAUUUAAAAAUAAAAAUAGUCAGGAUGUGUGGAAUGAAACAAGAAAAGGAGCCUUGGUUACAAUCACUAGCAAAAGGUUUUCGAGAAUUCAAAGGAAAAUUGUAUCAUUUAAAGAAGGAAAAGGAAAGGAAAAAAAACCAGGAAAAUUUCAACAUUGCACAAAGGAAUAA